AUGGGCGCGCAGAGGCAUGGGCGCGCAGAGGCAUGGGCGCGCAGAGGCAUGGGCGCGCAGAGGCAUGGGCGCUCAGAAGUACCCUGUUCCCCCCUCUCCGAUUCCGCCCUCCAGUCCACACCACUUAUUCCCUCUUCCAUCUCCCCUCCCUUCCCCGCCCUUCCAUUCCUCCUCCCAUUCCCCGUUCACCCCUCCCGUUCCCCCUCCCAUCCCCCCUUCCCACCCAUUUUCCAGUCGCCCCCACAUUGUCCAUCCCUUUCCCCUCCCUCGUAUUCCCCUCUCUCGUCCACCUUUCCGUUCCACUCUCCCAUUCCCCCUAACCACCCCCCCCCCCCCUCUCCAAUUCCCCCUACAUGUUCCCCUCCCAUUCCCCCGUCAUUCCCCCUUCCCACCGUCAACACUUCCAACCUGCAGCCAUGUGCGGGCCUAUUAACAAACCACGAGGUGUUUGAGCUGCUCACAGACCGAGGCGCCAUGGGAGCAGUGGACGUGUCACAGGGCGGCAUGGGACCGGCAGCCAUAGAGUGCCAGGUCUACACCUAUCUCUGCGCCGCCCCUGCCGCCACACAGACGCGGGCGGCCGUGGCUAAGUGCACGGAGCGGGCGGCAACAUUUGGACUGACGCGGAUGGAAACGCUGCAGCUGGUGAAUCUGAGGCCGUCCCAGCCUGUAGAAGCACACCUGAUCAUAGCAGACUGUGAAAUGCGUCUGCCAGGUGAGAGGGUGGAGCAGCUGCUGCAAGUGGUGGAAGAGACACUGCCCGCUGCACCAGAGCUGGAAGGAGGUGCAGAGGAGGAGGAGGGGGGUUGA